AUGCCUCAAGGCGCCGCAGACCGACAACCUGUGCAUGAUAAUAUGUCGCUACGUAACAUACUCAAAUCGAUGAAGAAGGAUCCAGACGGAAAUGGCAUAAAUGCAUUGGGCUACGAUGGUGUGCUUCGUAGUUUUGACCUGGAACGGAAUGUUGUUGAUGCAGUUGGCCUUAACCCAACCCAGAUCAGAGAAUAUUAUAAAGGUCUGCCUAUGCCUGACAGAUUUCUUACCGCCGACGGCCGUAAUAUAUCCCGCAGGGAUAUGUUUUACCCUGAUGCAGAGAAUAUUCCCAAGAAGUUUACAGCGGAGGAUAUAGCCAAAAUUGAGGCACAUAACGAGGAGUUAGACAGGCGCGGAGUCACAUGCUGUGUUCUAGACAAAUCAACAGACGACGGUAAACCGAAUCCUAGAUAG